AUCGAGGGCCCUGUUGUUCGUCGUUUUCAACCGUCGGCAGCACAGACCAUACGGUGACGAAGGAUUCUGGAGUCUUGGAAUUCACCCAUAUUGAGGCUCUCGGUACGUGGCCAGAUGCAUGCGCUGCAGCCAGAUGUUGAUAACCAAUGCAGGAGAUAUACUAAAAGAUACCUGGAACCAUGCCCAACCUUUUGUCGCGUUUCAGGAGAAGAAAAGCUAGUCUGCCCGUCACAGAGAUUGCCGAUCAACAGCCUACGACUCCUGCGCUUUCUUCGCAGCACGAAGCCGUUUUGGAUCAGAAGAUACACCCGAACUUGGCCGAGCUCGUUGAAGAUUUUCCUCCCAUAUUUUUCGUCCCGUCAGCUCCUGAACCCAGCAGGGCCAGUACAUCCACGGCACGCGAUGAUGGAAUAAUUCCAUUGAAGCCUGCAGGAAGGACUAGGCGGCGUUCAUCCGAUACACCUGCGAAGCAGACUUCAAUAGCACUAGCGAAAGCGGCAGGUCAAUUAGAGAAACUUCCUGAAUCCCCAACCUCUGCGCAUCCAGCUUUACUUGAAGCAGCUGACGUUUCCCAUCACACCCAACAAUCUCCUAACCAAGGAGACCGAACACGCAAUGACUCUGCACGCGAUACUGACGACACAAUAACGACGGCCGUGCCUGCAGUAAUCAGGCAUCAUUCUGACACAUCCACCGUGCCCUCAACGACGGCCGUAAGGCCCUUGAACGACCUUCAUCUCUCACGGACACGUUUACAUCCAGUUUACAUACCCGAUGCAUCCGACAUCGCUCAUGAUAUUAUUUAUUCCAACGACGGCCACGACCCCACGCGUUCACCUAAUUCUCUUUCAGCAUCUUCGUUUCAGGAAACGACAGACCCACCUUACGAAAACUCUUCCUCACCAACUGGGUCAGGGACCUUUGGCGUCUUUACGCGAUUAACAAACCUUGUUCAUGGCUCACCUGCCAUCUCUUUGACCCAGUCUCCCAAUCCCCCUUCAUCAUGGUCUACUUUCGGUCGUCGUGACAUUCGUAGCGGACGAUCAAAUUCACAGACCACGGACGUCGGUUCAAGUUCGCGCCCUUCCAGUAGCGGAACAUCUCACAGCCAUACACCAUCGUCAACGACUCGCUCCCAUAUCGGAGCUCCGGAUAAUACGUCCGGGAGUGCUUUUGGCUCUGCCUCAUCCCCUUCAUCUGGUUUCACAUUCGGAUCGCAUGGCCCAGGUCCGAGAGCAUUGACCUCGCCAUCCCCGCCGCCGCUACCGCCUUUGGAUCAUCCGGCAUUUGGCACCCUCGCUGAGAAAGACAAUAGCAAUGCUGCUUUUCGUAAUGACGGUUCGAAGGACGAGAAAACCGCUCUUUUUUCUGAUCACGGGCCCAGGCCAUCAUCUUCCAUGCCUGCCAUGCGAUCCAAUUCACAACCAAGUUCAAUCUGGUUGGCAGAGUCCAGCUCAAGACCGAGACUGCAGGAUAUUUUUUCCAGCCCUGUUUCGUCGCCGACAACAUCGCGUAGGACAUCCAGACGGAGCACUGUCAGCAGGGGGUCGAACAGGCAGCGCCGACAUAGGUCAAAGAGCGCAAGUACGAGCAGGAAACGCGGCGAAAGUGGCGGCGACAGACCUGACAUCGUCGGACAAGGAUCAACGCGUGACGCUUUGCCACCUUCCGAAAAUGGUAAUCAAGCACGUGAGAACAGUGUGAGUCCCGCCUCGUUUUCGUCCUUGUAUUGUUCGUCUUAUUACUCUUUUCUCUCUUGGGGGUAUCGUCUCGUCCUUGUUCUUUUUUUUUGUUCGCUUUCAGUCCAGUCAGGUGUUUAAUUUGGGGUCCCCGUUCUUACUACAAGGUAUUUCUUCUGGUGUGUCCCCCCUUUCUUCCCACUACUGUCACGUCGCAGGCGACUCUAAUUAGUG